AUGCGGUCAAGAGCGCCGCUCGACGCUUUCGCAGGCGGACCGCUCCUCCUCCCCUUCCUCGCCCCGCGAUACCAGCCAACGCCCGUCCACCGCGCCAGUCCGUGCCGUUGCACCUCGACUUCAACUCAGAAGCGGCUGCAACAUGUCGCACAAGCAGCGGAACCGGCCGGCGGGCCGUGUGAGGCGGACUUGCUGAGUUGGAGGACGGGUCUCUCGAGCGACUCUCCAGUGCGAAGAGGCGGUCCUGAGCUGGGUUUCCAUGCUGCAGGAGUCGAAGUACCGGUCGCAUCGACGAGUGCCGUCCGGCUAGACUCGCCUCCUCCCGCCCGCGCGCGAGCCUCUCCCUCGAUCCCUCUUCCGCCCGCCGAGUCAACUUCGAGCGAGCGGACUGCCGCCGACGCCGCCGUACUCCUUGCGCCAGUUUUCGACAGAAUACGACUUGCACAUUCCGCUUUUCCAGAUGCCUCUCCUCUCGACAUUGUUCAGCGAUCACAAACUUCCUCUCUUCUCGACGACGAUGUACCUCGAAGUCCGCCUACUCCUCCGCCACCUAUACGACUCGACCCGCAGCCUCACUCUCAGAACCCUCGCCUUCUCACUCCCUUUCUCCUUCAAGCACUCUUCCUCGGCGCCAGCGCUCUCGGCCUCUUCGCGGAGAAGGCGAAGCGGGAUGCGGAAGACAGGGUCGACCAGCUGCAGGCGCUUAACCUGCUCGUCGCAGCGUACGCUGUUCCGGAAGCGUCGGAAGUCACGGCCGUUCAGCCGCUGCAGCGAUGGCGGGACGAACGGCUGCACGGGCUGUCGCAGCUGCUCGGCACGAUGACGGCCUCGCAAACGCCUGUCGACCGAACGACGAUCGCAUCGCUCUUGCACUUCGUCCAGCCCUUGCCGUCCGCCAAAACCCUUACGAGGUCGACCGCUGCCGUCGCCAAAGCUCGCCUCCCGAAGAGCAAGUACAGCAUGUCGCGACCUGUCCUCGGGUUGUGGGCUUGGCAGGCAUGGUCUGCCUUGCCGACCUUCGCUCAGCCCCGGUCCGCUGCAGCGGGUGCAGUCGUCGGAUCGGUCAUCCCAUCCGCCCUCGACGAUGCCAUCCUUAUCACCUUCCUCUCCCUCCUCUACCCAUCCUUCGAGGCCAGCAAACGCCAUUUCUUCCCUCGCGACCUUCAUCCCGGUGCUGACCGCGCCGUUCUGAACGACAUCGGCCGCCACGUUUUCGACAAUCGGCGCACUUCGUCUCCAUCUGUUCUGCGCGCACUCGCAGCCGCAGCGUUUCGAGCGCGGCGGGUCGACAUCCUUGAACGCUUCGUCGCCCACGAACCGCCCCUCGAGCCGAGUCUGCAGGUAUUUGCCGCGUCGAAGAUCCUCGAGGUCCUCAGCAUGGACGGAACGAAACGUCGUCGAUCCGAGGUGAUCGUUCCGCAACUCCAACUGUGGGCGACGGUCGUUGCCGCGCUGGGCGAGCUCGACGACGGCGACUUGCCGGUUCUCGAGGGAGCUGUGCGGGUACUCUGUACGGGCUUCGCCCUCGACGCUCCGCUCGAGGACUACUUGGCGACCGCAGUCGUUUCGCUGCUUCGGUCACCGGUGGGCGAGCGCGUCGCCCGGUCUUCUGUCGUCGACGAAACGCUACGACAUCUCGUCAAGUCCCGCAACCCUCGUCUCGCGCAGGAGGUCUUCGAGUCCAUCCCCUCGAGCGCCCUUCGCCGCAGCCACUUCCAUCGCCUCCUUCCUUCCUCGCACGGGCCUCUCUCGCAGCAAGCCUGGACGACCUUGUGCCACCAUCCGACCGUCGAACCUACAGUCUCGUCGUUCCAGCUGCGACUCGCCGCUCUCGCCAAAGCCAAGCACGAUUCCUCGAGUCUGCCCAAGGCGUGGGAGACGUUUGCUCAGCUACGGCGAUGGGGAUUUGAGCCGACGAAGGAGCUCUGGCUCAAUCUUCUCGAGGUUGUCGCGACGCACGGUAACCAUCCGAACCUGCAAGGACUGCUGUCGCGGAUGGAGCGAGCAGGCAUCGAGGCGGACGACGACAUCACCGCCAUUCUCGUCGCGCGCGAGAUGCACCGCACCGACACGCAGAAGAAGCGCGUCGAGGUCGAGGACGAGUGGUACGAGCGGGUCACGGUCACGCACGAGCGACGGCGCAGGACUUGCGGGAAGACACAGGUCAAGCGGGUCAGGGCGAUUGUCCGGGAGCACGAAGCGUGCACCGCCGCAUCACACGAUCCGAAGGCGAAGGCUCCUGCUGGCGGCAAGCAGGACGUCGAGCGUCCAGCCAACGGACGUUUGGGUCGCGGCGACAUCCUGCCGAACAUGCUACUCGCCAACGCUGUUCGGUGGAUGAGACAGGACGACAUCUCGGGUUUGAUCACGAUCGCGCGUGGUCAUCUCGGUGUCGACUUGUCAAGCCCGAAGGCGUCCUCUGCGGUCGACCCGGCCACGAUCUCGUCGAACGAGUUUGAGAGGAUCCGCCGGCCCGCCUACAGGACACUGAUUCGCGGCUUCACUCAGCGGAACCGAUACGACCUUGGCAACUUGCUGCGUCUGGCGAUGAAGGAGGAAGAGGCGGCGGUAGCGCGGCUGGAGAAGCGGAGACGGCGAGAGGUGAAGGCAUCGCGAGAGGAAGGAGAGUGA